GCGUAACAACGGCAGCACGAAUCAGUACGGAGCUUCAGUUCCAUUGGCAGAUUCUCUGAUAGAUUGUGUUGUCCAUUUUCGGGCUGUUCCAAAGAAAAUCUCAUCUCAAGUAUCUCUUCGAAGUGACUGCUUGACGGGAUAAGGAAGAUUUUAAAUGUAAUAGUGUUGUUGUUUGGGUUAAACGGAAUGGCAAUGAGAAUUCAGGUUGGGUUUAUUUGGCGGCGUCUUUCUGGGGCGCUUACACUGUAUGAAUCAAUCUCUUCGACAUCACAUCCAAGUUUUCAGCUUCGGAGUUCAAUCUUUCGACCCUCGAUCUCCGCCAUUCUUCGCUCCUACACUACCGAAAUACUUCCUCCAAUAUCUACGGACCUUCUAAAGAUAAUGGAACAAAGACUGUCAGCCAUUGAGCACAGGAAUGAUUGUCUUCAGAAUUUUCUAAACCAGCCAGAAGCAUCACCAACGGAGUAUGCCAGAGCUAAUAAGGAACUUCGGAAGCUAAGUGGUUCCAUGGCCCUUAUCAAUGAAUUGAGAGCCAAACAGAAGGAAAUAGAUGGCUUGAAGUCAUUAUUGGCUGAAUCUUCUGAAGAUAAAGAGAUGGUUAAGAUGGCAACAGAAGAACUGGGCCAGGCCCUGGAAGAAGAAACAGGACUGCAAAAGUUGGUACUCAAGUCAUUACUUCCCAGAGAUGAUGCUGAUGAAAGGGACUGUAUUUUGGAGGUGAGAGCAGGUACUGGCGGGGAGGAGGCUUCCUUAUUUGCAAUGGACAUCUUUAAAAUGUAUGAGAAGUAUGCUCACAAAAAAGGUUGGAGGUUUGAAGUAGUUGAUGUAGCUCAAUCUGAUCUAAAAGGAUACAAGGAGGCUAGUGCGGCAAUUGCAGGAGCUGGCGUUUUUGGGAAACUUAAAUUUGAGAGUGGAAUUCACAGAGUGCAGCGUGUUCCUGUGACAGAAAAGUCAGGACGUGUCCACACCAGUGCUGUUUCUGUGGCCAUUCUCCCUCAAGCUGAUGAGGUUGAUGUUCAAUUGAAGAAUGAAGACUUAAGAAUUGAUACCUAUAGGUCCGGUGGUUCAGGUGGUCAGCAUGCAAAUACAACCAACAGUGCUGUUAGAGUAACUCACAUCCCAACUGGGAUGGUCGUGGCUAUACAAGAUGAGCGUUCCCAACAUAUGAACAAAGCCAAAGCACUGAAGGUACUGUGUGCAAAGCUAUAUGAAUUGGAAAGGUCCAGACUUCAAAGCAGUCGAUCAAAAAUUCGAUCAGAGCAGAUUGGUAGUGGGGACAGGUCUGAACGCAUCCGAACGUACAACUUUCCUCAAGGCCGUGUAACCGAUCACAGAGUCGGCAUUACUCACCACUCCAUUGAUGAUGUGAUGCAAGGUGAGAAUUUGGAUGUCUUCAUUGAUGCUCUUCUGUUGCGGCAAGAAAUGGAUGCCAUUGCGUCUUUCAGUUCUUCCCAGUAAUGCCUGUGGAAUCAGUUGCUUCUUGAUGAGAUCUUGUUUUGUCAAUUCACCAUUUACGGACCCUAUUGAAGUUUAUUGCUUCUGGUGAUGUGCAAUAAAGAUGUUUCAAAGUGUAAACAGGAAAGCAAAAAGGGAGUCUUCUCAUAUAGAACCUAGCUCCACAUUCAUGUAGAAGGUGCAUUCAAAGUAGAAAUAGGAGGGGAACAGAUCAAGCAGCAAGCCCUAUGCAUACUAAUUAUAAGAUUUGGCUUUGGGCCUCAAAUACAAUCAUGCUGUCUUGGGUCACUCUCUUUUCUUUUCUCUUGGUUUUUUUUCUUUCUUUUUUUAAAUUUUAAUUUUAAUGGCAGGCUGCUUAGGUGGGGAUUGAACCUUACAUCUGGUACCACAAAGAGCAGAUCUUCUGCAUGUAGUUGAUCACAAUUGUUACCCACACUUUAUUAA